UUGUAGAUGUACUAUCAGUUUCUCCGGACAAUUAUGAGCCACACAAAUGCGCUCAGACCAAAAAGCCCACCUACAGGCAUGGUCAAAGGCCUCUCAUCUCAGUUCCAAUGUGUCAUUCAAUGAAUGGCAAAGAUCUCAUAUCUCAUUCCACCUCAGCAACUUUCAGCAUUCAAAGCACACCAGCCAAAUUGCUCCUUCCGAAGCUAAGGCUUGUCAUCCAAUCAAUUCUACGAGGACAACAAAAUACUCACAAACCCUCCAUUUCUGAUGGUUCAAGCUUUUCCAUCAUAUCUUUGAGAGCCACCAAUUGCAUAAUCAAUUGCAUAAAAUUAUGCCAUGAAGGCCCUCAAUGCAGCGAGCUUAAGACCUCUCUCGGUUCUUUUUGAGAGAAGAACAGAAACCAGGAAAUUAGCUUCAUUCUCAAUUGCUUCACCCCUGAAACUUCCAAAUUCUGCAGCUUUUAUUAAAACCCCUCCUGCUCUUCAGGAGUGUUUGUCAAGAAGCUUGCAUGGGGGUAUAGUGCUAUUGUCUUCAGUUCUUCCCAGUAGUUCUGCUAAAGCUUUAUCAUACGAUGAAGCACUGCAGCAGAUUACGGGAUCCUCCUCGUCAUUUGAUUUUAAUCCAAAUGGUAUUCUUGAUAGUGUUGUCAGUUUUGUAACUGAGAAUCCCACAGUUGUAGCUGGUGGUACUGUUGUUUUGGCAGUUCCAUUAAUUUUGUCUCAGCUGUUAAACAAUUCAAAGCCAUGGGGAGUUGAGUCUGCAAGGAGUGCUUAUGCCAAGCUGGGUGAUGAUGCCACUGCUCAGUUGCUGGACAUAAGGGCCCUCAAGGAGUUUAGACAAGUUGGUAGUCCUGACAUAAGGGGUUUUGGGAAGAAGCCGGUGUCAAUUGCCUUUAAGGGUGAAGAAAAACCUGGGUUCUUGAAAAAGCUGUCUUUGAAAUUUAAGGAACCUGAAAAAACCACCUUGUUCAUUAUUGACAAAUUUGAUGGGAGCUCUGAACUGGUUGCGGAAUUGGUCACUGCAAAUGGAUUCAAAGCUGCUUAUGCAGUAAAAGACGGUGCAGAAGGACCAAGAGGAUGGAUGAAUAGUGGUCUUCCCUGGAUAGCACCGAAGAAAGGUGUCAACCUUAGCAAUUUGACAGAAGCAUUCACUGGGGCCUUUGGAGAGGGAUCAGAUGGCCUCUCUGUUGCACUAGGGAUUGCUGCAGCUAUUGGAUUAGGCUUAUUGGCAUAUUCAGAGAUAGAAACAAUACUUCAACUUCUAGGCUCAGCUGCUGUUAUUCAGCUUGUGAGCAAGAAACUCCUCUUUGCAGAGGACCGAAAGCAAACUCUUCAACAAGUUGAUGAAUUCUUAACCACUAAGGUGGCUCCUAAGGAAUUUGUUGACGAGAUAAAGCAAAUUGGAGUGGCCCUUCUACCAACAACUGCCACUACCAAGGCUCUUCCUGCACCUACAAAGGCAAAACCAGAGCCCGAAGUCGAAGCAGCAGCAGAACCCCCACCUCAAAUUAAUUCAGUUCCCAUAACAGAAUCCAAGGCAGAUGGAAUCUCUGGAUUUCCUAGACCACUUUCACCAUAUCCUAUCCAGAUAUGAAGCCUCCAACAUCUCCUACUCCAUCACAGCCCUAGAUUCAUGAUUUCAUUAAACUUUGCGUCGGUUUCUACCUCAAGCAAAUCAACUGGUUGGUCAGGAAUUUUUAAAGCUAUCGAGUGAGUUGUGUAAUCUACCCUCAUGUUAAAUGAUUUUCUAUCUAACACGAUGAUCUGUAUCAAUAAACUAGAAAGAGAGGGAAAAAAGUGACCCUCCCGCCCAAGAAAAAAACAUAAAGUAGUCUGCCUCGAUCAUCUUGUUGCUCUUUUGUAAUUAUUAGGUAUCAUGUAGACGUUGCUGUAUGAUUCAGCUUAACUGAAAGUAUCUCUUUUAGCAUUUGAGACAUCCUUUGAACAAAUACACUAUUAUGCAAGUUUUGUGGGAAGAUCAGAUGGGGAAAAUGAUGAUUGCCUCGAGGCUGCAAUUGCUGUAGUUACCAUGUUUUGAAGAUUUUCAAUGUGCUUGAGGAUUCAAUAUUUUAU